AAUUAUAGUUUAUGGUAAGUCACGUCAUCGCGAUUAUGUCGUAUUGUCAUUAUCUCAGUUGAUGUUAUUCUAUUCUAAUUAGUUAAAUAAUAUAAAUACCUCCAGUGUGAAGAAUUUAUAUUAAUUUGGGUCGAGCGCAUGUUUGUGUGUUAAAGUGUUUGAAGUAAAGUGUAUUUUAGAUAAGCUUCGAAUUAAAAACAGUUACAAAAAAUGUCUCGUCCAGGCCCCACUUACGUGAACCCUAACAAAUUGUUCGAGGAUGACGAUGUUGACGAUGACACAUUCGUUAACAGUUUUAGAUCAAGAAUUCCACCUCCACAACAAAGCAGACCUGCACCUUCUGCGUACGGAAGUCAACUUUCCGCAUUAGAACAACAAAGACAAGCCAUGCUACAAAGACAAAGAGAAAUCGAGCAACGGACCUUGGAUUCAUCCUCACGCAGCAUAGGCAUAUUGCGCGAGUCCGAACAAAUAGGCAUCGCCACUGCUGAAGAACUCAGCCGCCAGCGAGAGCAACUACAAAAUACGAACAGCCGUCUCGACGAAAUUAAUACAAAUUUAAACCACAGUCAAAAACAUCUAAAUGGUAUCAAAUCAGUUUUCUACAGUUUCAAGAAUUACUUAUCUGGUAAACCAGACCAAACACCUAGGCCUUCUCCGAGCACUCGAAAUGCAGGACCUAGCAGUAAACUGAAUGAUACAAUAGAUAAUCUGACGUCACAAGCCACUGGUGAUGACCACUUCAGAUCACAUCCGGCCACAAGGUUGCGUGAAUUAGAUGGCAGUGCUCAGAUGAAUGCCCCUAUAAGUGACAGCCAGCGCUUUAACCAAGUACUGGAUGCUAACCUAGAUGAAAUGGUACACACCAUCUCUAGACUUAAAGGCCUUGGAAUUGCUCUUGGUGAAGAAAUUGAACAGCAAAAUGACCUCAUAGACACAAUCCAAGAUAAAGUUGAAGAUGCUGACAUUAAGAUGAGCAAGCAAAACAAACUGAUGAAUAAAAUACUUGGUAAAUAAUAGUUCACAUUCCUUUUUUGUUAAUAUUGAACUAAAUGCACCAGCUGAAAUUUCAGUCAAACUUAUCACAUGGAGGGGUGCUCAAGUGCAAUAUUUAAUAGUAUCAGCAUAGCCCCAUAUUUGUAUAGACUAGAGUAUAAACUGAUCUUUGGAAAUGUAUUGUAUAUUAUUGCUAUACAUAUGUCUAUAAGUAUAAUAUUUCCAGUUGGAAACACUAGCCCAUAGUAAUGUAAACACAAUAAAAAUUAAGGAGUGUUGGUAUACUCCUAUUAUAAUGCUAAUGUAUUUCUAUAAACAAACAUGUGCAUAAAAUUUUGCAGUUGCCUAGUUAUAAUUAACAAUAAAGCUUCACAGCAAAGCAAAUCAUUUAGAUUUUAUCCUGUUAUGUUUUAUAUAAUAAAUAGGCACUGUUACUAUUAGUUAAAUUACUGGGAAAUAUGUCUGCACUAGAAAUAGUUUUAUAUUUCAAUAUGUUUAAAGUAGUCAAAUAUUGGAAUUAAAUGUAGUUUUUUAGCCUUACAAUAACCAGACCUAUAGACUUGACUACAAAAUGGAAAUGGGAUUUUGUACUUCCUGAAAUAACCAUUAAAUUAUUUUCAAUGUGUUAUUUGUUGUUGUAAGCAAUAAUUAUUCUAUUAUAAUGUACAUACUUUUAUAGAGUUUAUUACUAUUAUUGUGCUAUGAUUGUGUUUAUUUUUGUGAUGUGAAUUUAGAAUCUUUAUCAAGAGACUUCUCAUUUAUUUUUUAACAAACAAUUACUAUAAUCAGUCUGAAUUACCAUUGAGCCUUAUCUGCCAAUUAAUUCAUACAUUUUUAUCAAAAAAACUAGAGAGCAUGUGUAACUCAUAUUCAUUAUCUACAAAAAUAUUUGCAUGCAUGAAAUGUUGCUGUGUACAGUGUAUAUGUAUGGAUGUGGAAAUAAAGAGGUUCUUACAAAA